CCUUCAAGUCUUCUUAUCCUUGGUUAACCUUAACCAAGCAAAUGUCUGCUGACUGGGGAAGAUCCUACACUAACUUCAGUCUGGUCUGAACCAAGACUCCCCAUACCAUCAUUCAUCAAUGGCCUUAUCUAGUCCCCACUUGCAAAAUCUUCUUUUAAACAGACUUUGCUGUAACUAUGGCUACAAAAAGAACAUAAUAGUAAAGGCUGGAGGAGGAGGUAGAGGUGGAGAGGGUAGAGGAAGAUGUUGCUCUGCUAUUGCAAUCAACGCACCAGCUCCUUUGACAAGUGUUUCUGGUAUUAGAUGGGGUUCAACACUGAUCCAAGGGCCACGUGAAGAGAUGGAAGAUGAUGCUGUGAUCGUUCAAUCUGAUGAUCUUGAUGGCUUCACUUAUGCUGCUGUUUUUGAUGGCCAUGCUGGCUUCUCCUCUGUUAAGUUUCUUAGGGAGGAGCUGUAUAAAGAAUGUAUUACAGCAUUACAAGGUGGGCUGCUAUUGAAAAAAAAGGACUUAAACUCAAUCCGGAAGGCACUACAAGAAGCUUUUGAAAAUGCGGAUAGGAAACUCUUGAACUGGCUUGAGAGUAGCGGGAAAGAAGAUGAAUCUGGUUCAACAGCUACUGUUCUAUUUGUUGGGAAUGAUACAUUGAUCAUCGCACAUGUUGGAGAUUCAUCUGUGGUGUUGUCACGAUCUGGAAAAACGGAGAUAUUAACAAAUUCACACAGGCCCUAUGGAAGCAACAAGGUUUCUCUCCAGGAAAUCAGAAGAAUCAAUGAAGCAGGUGGAUGGAUUGUCAAUGGAAGAAUUUGUGGAGAUAUUUCAGUAUCCCGUGCUUUUGGUGAUAUGAGAUUUAAGACAAAGAAGAAUGAGAUGCUGAAGAAAGGGAUGGAAGAAGGUAGAUGGACUGAAAAGUUUGUUUCUCGGAUUCAGUUCAAGGGAGACUUGGUUACAGCAUCUCCAGAUGUUUUACAGGUGGCUCUUGGAUCAGAUACCGAAUUCGUACUAUUAGCAUCUGAUGGAUUAUGGGAUUACAUGAAAAGUGCUGAAGUAGUAGAUUUUGUUAGGAACCAGCUUCGAGACCAUGGAGAUGUUCAGGUUGCUUGUGAAGCUCUUGCACGGACGGCCUUGGUAAGAAAAUCUAGAGACCGACGGACACAAGAUAAUGUCAGCAUUGUCAUUGCUGAUUUGGGGAGGACGGACUGGCGAAAUUUACCUGUGCAGAAACAAAAUAUUGUGUUUGAACUAGGACAAGCUUUAGUCACAAUCAGUUUUGUGUCACUUGGGAUAUGGCUGACAACCAUGAUUUCCCCUUAGAUGUUUGAUGUUUGUUAGUUGUAUAUAUUUAUAUAUAUGAAAGGAACAGAAGCUUCAGCUAUACCUUGUACAUUUGCUAGUCGAGGUAACUAAAUGAUGGAGCAUUGUAGAAAUUCUCUGAAUAUGGAAAAAUCCAAUUUAACUGUGUA